AUGCGGGGAGGGAGGGGGCGGGGAGGGAGGGAGGGAGGGGAGGGGAGAGGAAGAAGGGGUGAGAGGGAGAACCUGCCGCCGCUCGCCGCCUCUUUGUCUGCUCCGGGACUGGGAACAAAGGGGGGAACUCUGAUGAACUCUCCUCCCCUCGCCCCGGACGCCCGGGUAUCUCCCUCUCACAACUUUGCCGCCACGACUUUCCGCGCUGUCACAGGCCACCCCAAAGUGUCCGCGCGCCUCCCGGACCGCCGCGGGGGAACGUCCCUGAACAUUGUGACCCAGUGGGAGGAAGGUGUCAUUGUUAAUAUCAGCAUCUAG